UGUAUAUUUUUUUUUCGCUGACCAUUGGUCAUUUGGUUGGUGAAUGUCAUUCGACAAUGUUGCCCAUACAGGAACGUAUUAAACGUCGACGUAGUUUUAUUUUUGCAAAUGCAAAUCAUUAUGAAUGUGAUAUUUAUCAAGACAAAGAUGAAUUAUAUUGGUCUACACCACCAGAUUGGUUUGAGCCGGGUAAUUUUCAACAAGCACAAAAACUUUUUCGUACAUUUAAAAGCACAUUCAUACUGAGUUACAUUUAUGGUUUAUCAUUAUCAUUUUUCUAUCCAGACGAUUUGAUUCCAUUGAUCAGUACAGGUAAAUCAAAAUCUGUAGCACACCUGUUUCAACGUUAUCUAAAGACAAUUGAUUAUAUUUCGAUAUGGUUUGAAUUGAAUCCAUUCGAUAAACAAAGUAAAGCAUAUAGAACAUUGUCUACAAUACGACAAAUGCAUAGUAAAGUAUCGCAGAAAUUGAAUAAAAAUCAAACAUCCAGAUUAAUAUGGAUGAAUCAAUAUCGAAUGUAUCAUGGACAAUUUCCAUUUGUCGGUUUGUUUGUUAUUUAUCCCGAACAAUUAGGUUUUAAUAUUUUAACACCAGAAGAAAUACAUUGUAUAUUUCAUUUUUGGCGUACAAUUGGUUAUUGUAUUGGUAUUGAUGAUCAAUUUAAUCUUUGUUCAGGUACGGAUCAGGAAAUUAUUGAAAUUUGUCAGCAAAUUUUUCAACAAGAAUUACUACCAACAUUAACAACAUUGCGUCAACAACCAACUAAUGAUGAUGAUAACCCGAAUCUAUCCAUAACCAAUACAGCAAGAUUAAUGUCAAAAGGUUUAUUUCAAGCAUUGGGUAUACUUGAACCAUUCAUCAAUUAUAAUAUAAUGAUGAGAUAUGCAUGUAAAUUUGUUUGGAAAAAAAUUCCCACACCUGCUAUC